UUACUGGAUUGCGCACAGAUGUCAACAGAACCUGUUCUGUCAAGUCUGUAUGAAACCAGAGAUGUAGAAGUAGCUCGCUGUGGGGCUCUGGCACUGUGGAGCUGUAGUAAGAGUAACACAAAUAAAGAAGCCAUUCGUAAAGCUGGUGGCAUCCCUUUGUUGGCUCAGUUGCUGAAGACUUCUCAUGAAAACAUGCUCAUUCCAGUGGUGGGGACACUGCAAGAAUGUGCAUCAGAGGAAAACUACCGAGCUGCAAUCAAAGCAGAAAAGAUCAUUGAAAACCUCGUGAAGAACCUUAAUAGUGAGAAUGAGCAGCUUCAGGAGCACUGUGCCAUGGCCAUUUACCAGUGUGCUGAAGAUGAGGAAACCCGGGACCUGGUGAGACUGCAUGGAGGACUUAAACCCCUGGCCAGUCUACUGAAUAAAACAGACAAUAAAGAACGGUUAGCCGCUGUCACGGGGGCCAUAUGGAAAUGCUCCAUCAGCAAAGAGAAUGUGACCAAGUUUCGAGAGUACAAAGCCAUUGAAACUUUGGUGGGACUUUUAACUGAUCAGCCUGAAGAAGUCCUUGUGAAUGUGGUCGGGGCCUUGAGCGAAUGCUGCCAAGAACAUGAAAACCGAGUCAUUGUCCGGAAGUGCGGUGGCAUUCAACCACUUGUGAACCUCCUCGUUGGAAUUAACCAAGCUCUUCUUGUAAAUGUCACAAAAGCAGUUGGUGCGUGUGCAGUGGAACCUGAAAAUAUGAUGUAAGUGGCCCUGGAAAUGGAG